AAUAUUAUUAAAAUAUGUAGAUUAUAAAACAGGAAGGAUGGAAGGUUCCUUGGAGGAGGAUGCAAGAACCAAGUGAGGCAACGUGGGAUGACGAAGGUGGACGGCAUCGCAUAUGCACAGUCCUGCUUUGAGGAGACAGUCGACGGACUCCCGUAAACUGGGCGUCCAUAAACUGGGCAUUCGGGGAUGGCUGUACCAGCGGCAUUUGCAUUCAUGCGGGGCGUCGCAUACCUCACGGCAACGUUCGUUGCCGUUGCAUCGUUGUCGUCUGUAAAGCGUGCUACCAUCGAGCCAAACAAAUUUAUACAGAUGAAUCACACAGCGGAUGAAGCCUCAUCAACGCAUCCCCCGACGACCAUCACCGUCCCUGUUCAAGGUGACGAUGAUCAACCAUUUGACCAAGACAAGUACCUCGAAGAUCUCGGGUUUCCAUCCGAGGAAGAGCUGGACAUGCUCUUUCAUGACGCCAUGACCGCGGAAGAGGAGGCCAAUGUUGAAACGCCCCCACCAGUGCUUAUCGUCCAAGCUGUGGGAAACACCAGUGCGAUAACUUCCAUCUCGCUCGUUGCAAUCACAAUAGUCGGGUUGCUGUGGAUCAGUUGACCGCUUAAUCAUCAACAACGAUGCCGUUUACUCAA